UUUCAUAAUGUCAAAAUGUAACAAAUUUUUCAUAACAUCAACACUCUUUAUUUCUCAAAAUGGUAAUACUCACAAAAUAUUUAAAAAUGUCGUUCAUUAUUUUCUUUUAAUUUUUCUUUUCAACUUUUCUUUUAAAAAACUUUAAUUUUAGCUAAAAAUUGUUUUUUUAAUGGCUUCUUCUUUUCGUUUAACCGGUACUGCUUUACGCGAACUUCGAAUCCAUUUAUGUCAAAAAUCGCCAGAAAGUAACGGUGUUCGACAAUUUAUCGAAAAUGAUUAUGUUGAUUUAAAGAAAGGAAAUCGAUAUGAAUAUGGAAUUGAAAAAAGUAUUUCUGUUGAAAAUGAAAGCCGCGAGAAGGUUUUUGAAAUUAUCAAAAAUUUGGCUGAAAGAAGGAAUGUUAAAUAA